AUGCACCGGUUCAAGAUUCCGGCGGCCUCGCUCUGGAUGUUAUUCAUCUCUUGUUUCUUGCUCUUCUUACCAAUUCGGGCUCAGGACUGCAGUGCGCUUAGUCCAUGUGCAACCGGUUGCUGCAACAAAUUUGGCUACUGUGGUGUGGGUGACGACUACUGUGGCGCCGACUGUGUUGCCGGUUGCGAUUACCGGCCUGAAUGCGAUGCGUCUAACCCUUGUGCAACGGGUUGUUGCAAUAAGUUUGGGUAUUGUGGUUUAGGACCUGACUACUGUGCAAAAGACGUGUGUGUGGCCGGCUGCGAUAGCAGAGCCGAGUGCGACCCGGGUGGCUAUGGAGAGUUUGCGGAUAGCGCGAAGUGCCCGUUGAAUGUCUGCUGUUCCAAGUUCGGCUUCUGCGGUACGACGAAGGAAUUUUGCGGUACUAAAAAGGUGAAGCGCCCUUCAUGUUCCAAGAACAGCGGACUCGGCCGUGUCGUCGGAUAUUAUGAAGGGUGGAGCAUGAGGCGACCCUGCCAUAGCUUCUAUCCUGAACAGAUCCCUGUGGGAGUCUACACUCAUCUGAAUUAUGCAUUCGCCUCCAUUGACCCAAAGACAUUUGAAGUGCUUCCGCCUAGCACAUAUGAGAAGGAUUUGAUGAAGCGCCUAACAGCCCUUAAAAGGUCCGACCCUGAUCUAAAGGUCUAUAUUGCUGUGGGUGGCUGGACGUUCAAUGAUCCCGGACCGACUGCUACGGUUUUUUCUGAUAUUGCACGCUCUGAGGCCAAUCAGAAGGCUUUCUUCAAGUCUUUGAUUAGUUUCAUGUCAACGUACAACUUUGAUGGUAUCGACCUGGAUUGGGAAUAUCCUGUGGCUGAGGAUCGAAGUGGCCGACCUGAGGACUACAAGAAUUUCCCUUCCUUUAUCGCCAACCUAAAAAGGGCGUUGAAAGCCUCGGGCGGUCGAGAUGGGCUUACUAUCACUCUUCCUGCCUCAUAUUGGUAUCUGCAAAACUUUGAUAUUGUCAACUUACAGAAGGAUGUGGACUUUUUCAACAUUAUGUCUUACGACCUCCAUGGGGCUUGGGACAGAAACAACAAGUGGCUUGCGCCUGAGUUGAAUUCUCACACGAAUUUGACUGAGAUCACGAACGCACUAGACCUGUUAUGGCGGAACGAUAUCAACCCCGAAAAGGUCGUGCUGGGCCUGGCAUUCUACGCCCGUGUGUUCUCUGCCACGAGCCCCAGCUGUAUGGAGCCAGGAUGCACCUUUCAGUCUGGAGGAAAUGCAGGAGUAUGUAGCAACGAGGUGGGAAUUUUGCUAAAUUCAGAGAUUGUUGAGAUCAUGAAUGACCGUCAAGUGAAGCCCACCUUGGACAAGGAUGCCGCUGUGAAGAUCCUCAAGUUCGACAACAACCAGUGGCUGACGUAUGACGACGCGGAUACCUUCAAGUUGAAGGCGGAGUUUGCACGUGGGCAGUGUCUGGGAGGCGUCAUGGUCUGGGCUGUCUCUCACGAUCUUCCCUACGGCAAUUACUCCAGCGCUUUAGGUGAAGUCGCCAAUCGCAAAGUCAAGGCACUUGCUAUGAGCACUGUGACAGACGAAUUGGAGACCCGCAAAGUUCACCAGCAGUGCAAGUGGACAAAUUGUUUCGAGAACUGCCCCGCUGGCUGGACCCUGAUCGCUCGCAGCGAUAGCGGCGCGCGCAAGGGAGAAGGUAUGUUAGACAACGCCAGCUGCGGUCGGCGCGGAGACCAUCUCUUCUGCUGUCCCCCUGACUCACCUCUUCCAACUUGCGGCUGGUAUGGGCACCGCAAUGGUAAGUGUAAUGGGAGAGGGAAUUGCCCGGAAAAAACGGUGGAGAUCGGAUCUCAUAGUCGGGAUUGUGAAAACAACAAUUACCAGGCAGCAUGCUGCACUUUCGACACCCCGAGCAUGAAGCUCUAUUCUCAGUGCACAUGGGCCGAAUCUCCCAAGUGCGAUGAAGGGGUUUGCCCGAAUACCUUGGUGGCAGAGUCAAGCACAGGUAGUGGGGGGGACUACUGCCAAUGGAAGACCUUCAAAUAUACCUGGAAUGGGCAGGAGGCCACCUUUCAGGAGAGAAAGUACUGCUGUGACCAAAAGGAUGACACCAAAUGGGAGGACUGUGAGUGGUUUGAUAACGUCGGAAUCUUUUCCGUGGACAGUGCCGCCGUAGAUGGAUACUGUGCUAGCGGCUGCCCCAACGACCGUGUAAGAGUGGCCCUGGAAACCAGAAAUGGCUGUGAGGGAGACGGCGGCCGAGCCCGGUGUUGCAAGCCCAAGUACAUUACACUCAGCAAGCGCUCUUACACAGAUGCGGACACCAGCUUGGAACAGAGUGUGAAAGAGUUCAUGGAUGAUCCGUCCUGCGGCAUAGACGACUAUUGGAAGCGCGAUCUGGUGCUGGAUGACUACCUUCUCGGGAAUGUCACGUCUUAUGAAUUCGGCAGCCCGUCAGCACUUGUACGCCGCGCGAGCAGCAAAGCCCAGGAGGCCAUGCAAGAUCUUCUCAGCACGCUGGUCUUAUCAUACACUGUCUCAGAAGCUUCGCGAGAGAUCUGGAAAAGACAUGUUAUCUCCCUUUAUCCAAAUCUCACUGUGGAAAAGAUCCGGGCUUAUAUGACCGGGGCCCGAGAUUGGGUGCGAGAGGGAUCCUGGCGGCUGGUAGAUCUCAUAGUAUGCAAUAUGUCCUUCUACAAUGCGGUGCUGGGAGACGUAGACGCGAUUAUAUGUCCUAUUCCGGACAGACACUGGGACGACGAUCCUGAAGGUGACCUCGAAGAUGACGCCGAAGAUGACCUCGAAGCCCGGGAUCUGGAGAAAAGAUCCUCCCGAUCAUUUACGCGCACCAUUGGCGGCGCAGAGUGGAUUGUGCGGUCAUUAGCUUAUAGAAAUAGGGGUCGGUGGCCACGCGAUAACGCUAUCUGGAGCGCGGGAUAUGGAUUUCAAGACAACGACAACUGCUUGAGUACAGAUGUUGGAACUCGGCCAGUUACUCGACAGAACGAGGAAAACUUCGUGGUGGAACAUGUCCCUGAAUUACAGACUGUUGCUGAUUUUGUCCGGGAUGCUCAUAAUGGUGUUGUGCCUUCUGGAAGCGCACCGGUAUACCCUCCCCUCUCCGCUGAUUUCAUCCGGCAAGGUUUGGAUGCACCGAUACUUAGGGAUCCACCCCCUAUGAGGGGAGGUGCCCAAUCGGAUCGGCCCAUCGUGCGGAUGAUGAACGCACUUGGCAGCACAAGAAAUGACAGAGGGUUCGUUCUACUCGAUGGUGAACUGAACCAGGUAAAGAAACGCCUUUGGAUGAGGCACAGACCUUACAAUGACAAAGAUAUGGAGAGUUCUGUCAAGGAUGACAACUACACAGCUGCACUAAACAGCAUGCGAGCGGCCGUUGCGGUUAUCCAUUACUUGAACCAUCCUGUCAUCAACUCCCACAUGGCAAGCUCGCUAAAUGAAGUUCGUUCAGAAUUAGGCCUAGCCAAUAAUAGGUGGGCGGACCUCGGCAACCGCAGAGAGUAUGCACAAGAGUGGUGGAGUAUAUGGGUCAGGGACCAUUUCCAUCAAGUGGGCCUUCAUACUCAUAGCUGGGUUGACAGAUGGGCCACGGCAAUGGACAGGUAUUGGGCGACACGGACAGGACUUACGGCGGUGCAGGUACGGGAGAUCCUUCGCACUUUAAGGGACACGGAUACCACCAUAAACCAGGAUGAUAUAGAUUAG